UUUUUUUUUUCGCUUCACGCACAAAAGCAUGACUAGUUUUUCCGUUCCUUUAAAUACUCGCUCCAAUGAUCAGUACUGCUCAAAACUCCCGCCUUCCAAAACUGCCAAAAUUGUGAUCAGAGAAAUUCCAUUUCCAAAACUCCCAAAGUUCUUCAACCGGCUAUGGAUGAAAAUGAAAAUGCGGAAGAUACUGAUGUAUCAGAAGCUAGUACUCUGUCUCUAAACUCAGAGUUCGAAGAUCCUGAAGCAGAAACUACUAAACGCAAGACGACGCAAGAAACCGGAGAAACUAGUAAACGCAGGCGGACGCCGUUGAAUCCGAUGUUUGGCGAAGAUGCGGAAGCAUCAGGGACUUCUAGACUUUUGUCAAAGCCGGUGGAUGGAGGUGCUUCUGAGCCAGUGGAUAUGGAUGCCUACGACAACAUACCACGGGCAUUUCCCGCUCCGGAACUAUACCCAGCCAUGGAUAGAUAUUUACCGCCACAUGUUCGAGGAAAAUCCAUACAAGAAAAAGUCGCUUAUUCGGAUGAUAUACUCAUGCAAUAUGCUCCUAGUCAGAAAGAGAUUGAACUGCGAGAAUACAGGGACAAAAUCAUAUCAGAAUAUCCGCGGUUACACGAGAAAUUAUAUGCUAUAAAUCCCACAGAAAUUUUUGUCCCUUCCUUUAUCAAGGCAAUCAAUGAGAAAACAGAGGAUAGGUUCAGCAAUAUCAUUUCUGAGCCCUCUCCGGGUAUUUUAACCUUUGAAAUCUUUCAACCAGAGUAUUGUGAGAUGUUGGUGGCAGAGGUAAACCAUUUUCAAACCUGGAUCCAGAAAACAGACAUCCGAACCGAGCAUCGGAACAAUAUGAACAACAUGACGUAUCUUGAUGAUUUAGGAAUGGAAUAUAUGCUUCAAAAUCUCAUGGAUAGGUUUAUAAGUCCAAUUUCCAAAGUUUUUUUCACUCAGGUUGGGGGAUCUACCCUUAAUGAACAUGAGUGUGUUGUUGAGUGUCAUACCGAAGGCGAAAAUGAAUUAGCUGUUCAAGUUGAUGACACGGAACUUACCUUAAAUGUGUGCUUGGGCCAGCAAUUCCUUGGGGGAGAAUUGUGCUUCCAGGGUGUAUAUUGUGAGAAACAUGUGGACACUCCGACACGACCUGAGGAUAAUUUUGAAUAUUCACACAUUUUGGGGCAUGCAAUUCUCUAUCAGGGUCGCAAUAGGCAUGUUUCUAAGGUGACUACAGCUGGGAAAAGAUACAAUUUGGUGUUGGGCUGCAAAAGCGCUGGUUUUAGGCUAGUGUGUAAGCAACUGGGUGAUUUUAGUUGGUGUUCCGAAUGUAAGCAGGAGAAGGAUAGGAGAAAUAGGGAACUUGUGUCUACAUUCAUGGCAGGGUUUGUGCCGAAAUGAGGGUGGUACGGUUAUUGUGCUGAAGUUGAGUCUUUCAUACAAACAAACACUUGGGUCUUUUCCGUUUUCAGGUGCUGCUGGGAUGAGUGUGGUAUGGUUGCUGUGCUGAAUCGAGUCUGUCAUACAAAUGAACACUCCUUUUCGAAUCAUACAAACUCUGCUAUCAUUGUGAACUUGUAAUGUCUGUUAUCACAGAACAGAUUAAAACUUUGUUUCAGUGUUUUCUUAAAACUUGUAAUGUCUGUCAUCACAGAACAAAAAACGGAUACUUAACAAUUUUUUAAAACUUUUUGCACUAUGACUUCUCUCAAAAAAAUUUGUUGUCCUUAUCGUAGGUUUACCUUA